AUGAAGAGGGUAUUCUCAUCUACUCAGGCAAAUCGCCUUUACACCAGGAUGGAGAAAAAUUUUCUUCGUGAGAGGAUUCAUACAUCUAGACGAGACUUAGCAAAGGUAGACAGGGAAUUGAUCGACCUAUUUUAUAUCCUUACCGCCAACAUGCAACCUGUAGACUGGGACAAGAUUGACGGAAUAACAUACCAAAAUAUGCAAAAUGAAUUGGAAAGAACAUCAGCUCGCCAGAAGAUCAAAUAUGAAAAACUGCAACCAAAAACCAAGCCGGAAUAUAGGAUAUCUCUUGAACCUGCUCGAACCGUGGUGAAUCUCACAGAUAAGACCCUUACGACAUCAGAAGUAACAUUAUUAGCGAAGGGAGGAAACUUUGCCAUAACACCGAAAGUGGUUCCAGUGGAAGACAUUAUUGCCGGAACAGAAGCUGCCAUACGUAACCUUCCUAACAGUAUCGCAGACGAAAUCCGAUUUGAAACGGUCAACAUAUUGAGAACUGCUAAGGCUCCAAAAAGUAAUCUGUCUAGGGAAGAACAUCAGGCUCUAAAAUCGCUGAAUGCUGACAAGGACAUUCUGGUCUUACCGGCAGACAAGGGGAAUGCUACGGUAGUAAUGAAGUCUGAGGAUUAUAGGUCCAAAAUCGAGGAUCUACUGGAGCCCCAGACUUAUAAGUUACUGAAGAAGGAUCCUACUGCCUUAAUUGUCAGAAACACCAACAGACUCAUCAAGGCCUCCUCACUCCCGGAACAUCUGAAAUCAAAAUUAAUUAACUCGGAAGCUCAACCACCACGCCUUUAUGGACUACCAAAAAUUCAUAAAGCUAGUGUCCCACUUAGACCGAUAGUGAGUGCUCCAGGAUCGCCUACUUACAACUUAGCUAAAUACUUGACUACGAUCCUACAACCGAAAGUCGGCAACACAAACUCUUAUGUGAAGGACUCAACGCAUUUCGUCCAAAAGCUAAAAGAUAUAAAACUGGAACCAUCUGACAUCAUGGUAAGCUUCGAUGUGGUAUCUCUAUUCACGAGAGUACCCCUAGGCGAGUCAAUGGAUCUAAUCAAGGAAUAA